AUACCUAAGUGCCUAUAUUGAUAUCUGUAAAAACACUGAAUAAUACCAUAAAUUACAGAUGGCGCUUCCGUUGAGAAAAGACUUACGGCCAAAAUCUGGCGAACCUGAAGAUUCGGCAUGGAUAUGGGGCAGCGAUGAUGAGCUGGGUAGGCUGAACCUACAGACACCUGAAAGGGUGAAGAAAGCGCUGGAAACCGUCUCUUCAGGAGAGACCAUCCCUCUUGGGCUUCCGUUUGAUCAACCAGUGCCACCGUGUUAUAGGAGAGCUUUCUUCAAGCAUCGUAUCACUUCCCUAGGAGCUAAUAGUAAACAUACGUUUGACGAUAAUUACGAAAUGAACCCUCAAAGUACAUCGCAAUGGGAUGGGUUUCGCCACUUCGCCCAUGUUCCCUCCGGAUUCUUUUACAACGGAACGACAUUUGAGGAUAUAGCUGGCCCCAAUCCCUCAUCUAAAUGCGGCAUUCAUGCAUGGGCCGCUCGCGGUAUUGCGGGCAGGGGCCUUCUUCUAGACUACGCUCGUUAUGCCGAAGCCAACAACAUCAAGCCGGAGUUCUACGACAACUUCAGUAUUAGCUACAGCGACCUUGUAAAGGUAGCACAAACGCAAGGAAUCGAUCUGAGGCCCGCGGCUCAGGGAGGCGACGUCCAGGUUGGAGAUAUACUGCUCGUCAGAUCUGGCUUCUUGAAGAAUGCGAAUUUGCUCACAUACGAGCAAAAGGCAGCUCAUCACCUCCAGAAGCAUAAAUUUGGACCUGAUGAUGGGCAGCGCUACAUCGGUGUGGAACAGAGUGAGGAGAUACUCGACUUCCUGCAUGAUUCCUACUUUUCGGCCGUGGCGGGAGAUCAGCCCGCGUUCGAAGCUUGGCCAUCUCGCAAAGACUAUUACCUCCACGAGAAGCUGUUGGCGCUUUGGGGCUGUCCAAUAGGUGAACUGUGGGAUCUCGAAAAGCUGGCCGAGAAGUGUGCAGAGAGGAAGCAAUGGACAUUCUUCCUUGCUAGUGCUCCGAACAACGUGAAAGGGGGAGUAGCAAGUACGGCGAACGCUCUAGCUAUUGUAUGAGACAGCUGAAUAAGACAGAAUUUAACACUUGGUCAGGUUUCAAUGUCUAGGAAAUCCGCAUAUAUAUAUGAUAUGAUGUAGAUAGUCGUGAUCAUUCAAUAAUACUCGCACCGUAGCGGUAGCCCCUGAAUUGUAGAAAAGGGGGAAUGAAUGGGGUUGGCUAGGAUAGUAUGAAGUAGGUAUUAAUUGAUCUUUUCCCGCCGUACUAUGGGAGAUCGUCUACUAUCAUAUGGGUGCGUAAUCCAUAGGAAACUAGUCGAUUUAUUCGCUAUUCUAGAGUUGUUGUUGUUGUUG